GAGGAGCAGCUUGAAAGUCUCCUCCAGGAGUUUUCCUCACAACUUUUUUUCGGGCCUGCUCGGAAGUCUGGGCGGGCGCUUCCGGGUCACGCGGCGCCUACGGCGAGAGUCAUGUGAUACCAAGAUGGCGGCGCCGCGAUAGCAGGCUCUGGGUUGUGGCGUCCGAGGAGCCGCGACGGUUUCUACCUCCGGGGGGCGGCGGCGGGGGCGGCGGGGCGGCGGCUGCGUCAAUGCUUGGCUGCCUCCUGUGGGGACCCGUAGCUCCGCGUUAGGCACCCGUUCAGGGCCGGGCCUUUGCUGUCGCGGUAGGUUCGGGACAGUGCGGUGACCUCGCUGCGGGUGCCUUGCGCUGGCCGCGCUCGCUGGAGGAAAAGAGGAGGGCAGCCAGUCCCCUCUACUUUCUUGCGGGUCUCGGAAUUCUUACUGCCUCUGAGGUCUCCCGGAAAGCGGCACCUCUGAGGGGGCUGCAGGUGUUCCAGACCAUGGAUGUGUGAGAGGCAGCGCAAGACCCCUGGGAGUGCAAAGAAGGCCGUAAGGACUUGGCUUCCUUUCCCAGAGGCCUGGGUUCAAGCCCGCAUUCUUUCCCACUUCCUCUCAAUGUUCUCUCCGUAUAUCUGGAAAUAUGAUCAGUGCCCCUGACGUGGUGGCCUUCACCAAAGAAGACGAAUAUGAGGAAGAACCUUACAAUGAGCCGGCCCUGCCCGAGGAGUACUCGGUGCCUCUCUUCCCUUUCGCCAGCCAGGGAGCCAACCCAUGGUCCAAACUGUCCGGGGCCAAGUUCUCGAGGGAUUUCAUCCUUAUUUCGGAGUUCUCGGAACAGGUGGGACCACAGCCCUUGCUGACCAUCCCCAAUGACACCAAAGUUUUUGGCACUUUUGAUCUCAAUUACUUCUCCCUGCGGAUCAUGUCUGUGGAUUACCAGGCUUCUUUUGUGGGCCAUCCUCCUGGUUCUGCAUACCCCAAGCUGAACUUCGUGGAGGAUUCAAAGGUGGUGCUAGGAGACUCCAAAGAGGGAGCCUUUGCCUAUGUGCAUCACCUUACCCUGUAUGACCUGGAAGCCCGAGGCUUCGUGAGGCCUUUUUGCAUGGCUUAUAUCUCUGCAGACCAGCAUAAAAUCAUGCAGCAGUUCCAGGAGCUUUCAGCUGAAUUUUCCAAAGCCUCUGAGUGUUUGAAGACAGGCAAUAGGAAGGCAUUUGCUGGGGAACUUGAAAAAAAGCUGAAAGACUUGGAUUACACCAGGACAGUGCUACACACAGAAACAGAGAUCCAGAAGAAAGCCAAUGACAAAGGCUUUUACUCCUCUCAAGCAAUUGAGAAAGCCAAUGAACUAGCCAGCGUGGAAAAGUCCAUCAUUGAACAUCAAGAUCUGCUGAAGCAGAUCCGCUCAUACCCUCAUCGGAAGUCAAAGGGGUCUGAUUUGUGUUCUGGUGAAAUGGAGCAAACCUCAGAUCAGGCUGACCAGGUAUCCUCUACCUCUAACCCUGAUGAGUCUGCUGAGACUGACCUUUACACCUGCAGACCAGCCUACACCCCAAAACUAAUCAAAGCAAAGUCCACCAAAUGUUUUGACAAGAAAUUGAAGACCUUGGAGGAGCUCUGUGACACUGAAUAUUUCACCCAGACCCUGGCUCAGCUCAGCCACAUUGAACACAUGUUCAGAGGAGACCUGUGCUACCUCCUGACCAGUCAGAUCGACAGAGCACUUCUAAAGCAGCAGCACAUAACAAAUUUCCUUUUUGAAGACUUUGUGGAAGUUGAUGACAGGGUGGUGGAGAAACAAGAGAAUGUAUCCUCUAAGCCCAGUGAAGACCAGCUGCCCUCCAGGUCUCUGGGAGAAUGCCCAAUCCCUAAAGUGUUAAUUAGCGUUGGUUCCUACAAGUCCAGUGUGGAGUCUGUGCUGAUCAAGAUGGAGCAGGAACUUGGAGAUGAGGAAUACAAGGAUGCAGAAGUGGCAGAAUUGAACAGUUUUGACCCCCAGGAAAACUUGGACUACCUGGAUAUGGAUAUGAAAGGGAGCGUCAGCAGUGGUGAAAGCAUCGAGGUUCUGGGCACAGAGAAGUCCACCUCUGUGCUGUCUAAGUCUGACAGCCAGGCCAGCCUCACAGUACCAUUGAGCCCCCAAGUGAUCCGGAGCAAAGCAGUCAGCCACAGGACCAUCAGUGAGGACAGCAUUGAAGUCCUGAGCACCUGCCCCUCUGAGGCUCUCAUCCCUGACGACUUUAAGGCUAGCUACCCAAGUGCCAUUAAUGAAGAAGAAUCAUAUGCAGGUGAUAAUGAGGGAGCCAUCCACUUCCAGGCAAGCACCAGCCCACCAGAACUGGGUGAGACAGAGGAGGGCAGCUUGGAGAACACCCCAUCGCAAAUAGACUCCUCCUGCUGCAUUGGACAGGAGAGUGAUGGUCAGCUGGGGCCAUUCUCCCCUCCAGCCCACACACACUAUGAUGAGGAUGGGGUGGUGAGCAGCCCCCCACAAAGCUAUAGGCAGAAGGACCAGGGCUUCCAUGUGGACUUCACAGUGGAAAAUGCUAGUCCUUCAUCCCGUGAUAACAGCUGUGAAGGGUUCCCAGCUUAUGAGCUGGACCCAAACCACCUGCUGGCAAGCCGGGAUGUCAGUAAGACCAGCUUGGACAACUACUCAGAUACCACCAGCUAUGUAAGCAGUGUGGCCUCCACCAGUUCGGACAGGAUACCCUCCUCUGCUCAUCCCUCCUGCUCAUCUUCUGAGAGGCAUAAAAAGAGGGCUGGCCAGAACGCCUUAAAAUUCAUCCGCCAGUACCCUUUUGCCCAUCCAGCCAUCUACUCCCUGCUCAGUGGGAGGACACUCGUGGUCCUGGGGGAAGAUGAGGCCAUAGUUAGGAAGCUCGUGACAGCGUUGUCUAUCUUUGUCCCCAACUAUGGCCGCUAUGCCAAACCUGUGAAGCACUGGGUCUCCUCCCCUUUGCACAUUCUGGAUUUUCAGAAGUGGAAGCUUAUUGGCCUGCAGAGAGUGGCCUCCCCUGCCAGUGCUGGCACCCUGCAUGCCCUGAGCCGCUAUAGCCGCUACACGAGCAUCCUGGACCUGGAUAACAAAACCCUGCGCUGCCCCCUCUACAGAGGGACCCUGGUGCCCCGCCUGGCAGACCACCGCACGCAGAUCAAGCGGGGCAGCACCUACUACCUGCACGUGCAGAGCAUGCUCACCCAGCUCUGCGCCAAGGCCUUCCUCUACACCUUCUGCCACCACCUGCAGCUGCCGGCCCACGACAAGGAGACGGAGGAGCUGCGUGCCAGCCGCCAGGCCAGCUUCCUGAAGCUGGACCUGGGUCUGGUUAAUGAGGACGCCAGGGUGGUCCAGUACCUGGCGGAGCUGCUGAAGCUGCACUAUCUGCAGGAGUCUCCCGGGACCGGCCACCCCAUGCUCAGGUUUGACUAUGUCCCCAGCUUUUUGUACAAAAUCUGAGGUCAGUCCCAGCCACUGUGACCCAGACCUAUGACUCUCAGGGUAUGGGAGGGGAGGGGUUGGCAUGACCAGACGGUCGCCUGAGUGGGAAAGAAACCACAGUGGGAGCCGGGGUUCCGAUACCGCCCCCGGCAGCCUGCGAGCUGGAUGUGGGCUGAGGUGGCAGCUGGCUCUGCAGGUGUCCAGGACAGUAACAGGCUCUUGGAUCCCUGGUGAAGGGUGGCCCCUGGGUCUUGCUUUCCAAGGACUGGCAGCCAGGGCACAGGAGAAGAGGUAAACGCUGGUACGUCAGAGCCAUUCUCAACACCGUCAGACACUCGAGCAGCCAAACUUGCCAGGGAGGCAGCCCGUUCACGGCGGUGACUGGGGAAAACACGACGACAGUGCAUCCAUUGCCUCCUUCAGACCCCAGCCGCGGCCCUUUCUCUGGCCUCUAAGCCCAUCACCUCAGGGGAGGUCCUGGACAUGUGGAGGCGGGGCAGCAGGAAGUGCAUGCUCGGGUCCACGGGGCUGCAGGGAGCCUGGCCGCCUCCCCAGGGAGAGAAGGCAUUCCAGCCACAGCAAGUAGGUCAGGCCCUCGGAGGCCCCACUGACAGUUUGGCGUGGUCCCAGGACAGUCCAUUUGGGGAAGUAACAGAUGAGGGAGGCUUGAGAACCGGCAGGGUCAGAUCACAAAGGGCCUGGUGGACUGAGCCAAGUCCUUUGACCCUGGCCCCAAGGUUGGUGAGCAUUACUUCCCAUGGGCAGCAGGAAGGAACAGGUGGCAAGAAUGCUGUGGGAGCCUGGGGGGAAUGCAGACAGCAUGGCCACGAGAUGGGGGAUCAGUGGCCAUGGCUCCCUGGGGCCACCCCUGGCUCCCUAGCAGAGUGGGCCAGGGCUAGCUGCUCAUAGGGAAGGUCUGCAGAUCCCCUAGACCUGGCAGAGAGUCCCCACCAAUCCUCACCCACAACACACCUGUGCAACCAGUUCACUACCUCUGCAGGGCCCCAGUGGCACGGCCAUAGUGGACUUCUGUUCAGCAAGCUGGCUCUGGUGGUCUCACGUGGCAGGGAUGACCUGAGCCAGCUUCUUCCUGUGUGCUCCCCUCUGGGGACCUGCCUCCGGGAAGCUGUGCAUCCAGCCACCACCACACUCAUCGUCCCAGGGGAGCUCCCCCGGACGUGCUCCCUGGCCUCCAAGACUCCACACAGUUGCCAUGGGUGCGUGGAUGGAGGGUUUCUCAGCCCUGAAGACUUUAUGUCAUAUUAUAGAAGCUGGUUUUCCCUUUUGGUGGGCCAGACUCUGGGUAUUGCUGCUGCUUUCAAUUUGUUCCACAAAGAUUGUGAUCUAGUGACCCUGGGUCAGCCACAUGAGAGUGCAUCUGUCUGACACAGCACCGUACCCUGGGUCCUGCUGCUGAGACCUCGUCCCCCUGCCGGCUGUCACUCACAGAGGGGGCCUGCUCCUCCUCUUACCCAGCAGGGGGCCUGUGUGACGUCACUCGUGUGGUCCACUCUUGGCCCGGCUGUGACCCUGGUGUAUGGAGGUCUUGUCGUUUCCUUCUCCCUGUGCCCACUGCACGCCUUUAUGGAGAGUUGCCAGGACCCCCUGGCAGCGUGUAAGUGUGCUGUGUCCAUCUGCCCAUCAGGCAGGCCGCCGUGCAGGAGACAUGUCUGCCUGCGUGGGCUCCCUCGGCUGCUCCCUCACCCCUUGUGUCCAGGUACCGUCCUGUUUUCUGACGAGGUGGUUAACUGCUGUCUGUCCCCAAGGACAUGCCUUUGGGGCGUUUUGUCUUGAAGGGAAGGGAAGUCUGUGGGGUUUGAAUGACAAGCUGGAGAGUGACUGCUGGUACCAGGCACCUGCGUCCCCAAGGUGUCACACCGGUGUGGACACUCACAGCUAACUCUGUUCUCACCUGGGAAACUGAUACGAGCAGGACGACGUUCCAGGCGGACGCUGAACUUGGUCAGCCAGCCGUCCUCGGCUUGCAGAAGUAACGCCGUGUGCUCCCGUGCUCUUAGCAGACACAUGACAGACACUCCGCACCGUGCUCAACCUCGGGCAGCUCCAGGUGCUGGGGACUCAGGCAAGAGAUAAGCAGGGAGUGGCCAGACCAGACUGCCCUAGGACAGCCAGAGAUGGCAGGCGGGGCACGUCCCUCAAGGUGGCUCCUCAUGAUGUAAAGAUGGCGUCACUGACUAGGGCUCGGACCCUGGGAGUUCGGUUUUGGCUAAAACCCGGCUCUUCAGUGUGCAGUUUCGGAGUACUUGAUGCAGGGUGUGCCUCCUUCCAAAGGAGUCCUGGGUCAGGUGGGGGCGGCGGCACCACAGAGCCCCGCCCUUCCCCAGCCCACCUCCACUCGAGAACGUGGACCUGAGACCCUUCCUGUCUGUAAACCAUAGUGGUGGGAGACCCACGCAGCGGGACUGACUGCUUUCUUCACAUUCUCUCUUGAGGUAUUUCUCUAGGAAUAGGUAAGUUCUAAUAAAAUAUUUAAAACACUCCCCAGAAAAUAGAUGACACGAGUACCCCUGGUACUUCUCCAGUCCUCACUCACUCCAAGGGCCUAGGCGCUGACACUGGUCUGUUCCCACCUCCAACUUGUCACCCCAUCUGCCUGUUUAAAGCAGCCCAGGCUCAGCACACCCUGACUGGGCUGGCGGCUCUGCACAGGGGAUCAGCAGCACCUCCGUGUUGAAGAUGGAUUAGAGCCUCCCACCCACUCACCCACCCAGCUGUGGCCUCAGGCCUCGCCAUGCCCCUGGGAGCUCUCCUUUGGAGGGACCGCUGGAAUUCAGAAGCUGUGGUGUGUCUGCAGUUUCCUGCAGCGGCUGAAGGUACAGUGCUCCAGGAUUCGGAAGUGGACUGCAGGUGCCUGCCUGUCAUCUCCCAUCUGACUUUCCACUUCCAGCCGGUUGCUGUGUUCAAUAGUUUUCAACCGCCCAUUUCAAGACUGGGAAGGUGACUGGUCCUACCUGGCUGCCGGGGUCCUGUGGUCAAGUCACAUGGUUCUGGUGGCAAAAGUGCAGCCUCUGCUCCCCAAACACCUUGCAUGCCAACCCACCCGCUCUGCCAGCGCUGAGCGCAUGCUCCACACCCAGGCCGUGUUGCAUGUGGGGUCAGUGGCUGGUGCUGCCCCGUCACAUCUUCACCUGCACAGCCGGGAGCACCGUCAGCCCCUGGGGCCUCAGUAGGCGCUGUGCUGCAGUGGGCAGUCCCCUUUACCUCCUGCCGCCCUGCAAAGAUCUGAGGGAAGUGCCUUGGCUUGUGCUGAAAAGCAAACCAGCCAGCUUUCUGGCUUCGCCCCAAUACUGUGAUAAAAGUGGAAACUAAAAGUGAUAGUAAGACAGCGUGACAACAGAAAAUCACAUUUCUACUCUGGCUGGAAAGCAAAACCAAUCUCAGUUGAGGACUGGGAACACUGAAGCUUCCUAGGCCCAUUAUCCACGUGCAUACUGAACUUCGAGCUUCGGUUAAAGCUAUGGGAAGGGGGAGAUAGGGGUGAGGAGGAGGGGGGACUCUGCAGCCAGCAUCCUGGGAGGGACUGCAGCUCCACGGGAGAUGUCUUUGGAGACAAAUACUUGUCUCCAGCUAGGGAGGAGGCGAGCCCCUGGAUUCAGACUGCUUUGGCAGCUCCCAAAUGCAGGCAGAGAUGUGGGGCCGGCAAAUGGUACACACCCCUGGAGACUGCAGCAGCCGUCCCCGCUCACCCGAGUGAGCACCAAGGACAGAUGACCAUCGGCAAGGUGGCACUGUGGGUGCCUCACCCAGACUGCCACGCUGGGUAGUUGGUGUCACAGGGUGGAUUAAGGUAAAUGUCACCUUCAGGACUGCAGUCAGAGGUGGUCUGCGAUGAACUCGUUUGUUUAUUUUCAAAAGCUAUUUUACUACUGCACGUUUCCGUUGCUGUCUGUGAACGUGAGCCCCGCCCGGGAGCUGCAGUGGGCCUGUGCUGGUGCAGGAGUGGGUCCCGGCCCCUCCCCGGGGUCGCUGCACAGAAGUUCAACCAGAGCAAUGCCAAACAAAUAGUGUGAGAAAUGUACUUUUUAAGAAAUUAAUUUAUUUGAGUUCAAAUAUUUUUGAAAUAGAAAAAUUGGUUGUAUUUUUAAAAGCUCUUAACACUUGUAGAAAUUCUGUGGUUAAAAAUUGGGUUGUGUGUGUUAAAAAUGGUCACACGUUUUGCACUUCAGCGAUGUGAAAAAUAAAGUUUCUUUAGGAAGGUGACAUCUGUGUUCCUGAUUACAGUAGAGAGCUGGUUAUCUCAGAACAGGAGAGCCGUGGGCCGACUCACACCUGAUGGGACGGGGCACCUAGGUGAGUGGGCAAGGCCAUCCCACAGCAUACUGUGGGCUGCUGAUGGCACAACCCUCCCUCCACACGGGUGCACCCAGAUAGACUGGUCUAACCUGUAAUUCCGAUCCAUGACCUAGAGCAGGAGCUUCAGAGGAAUUCCCCUCUUCGGUUGGAAGGGUCAUGAUUCAGUACUUUGGCGACCCCUUCAGUGACAAGAAGCAUGGAGACAGUGCAGAGUGUACCCUGUGAACCUGGGUGUUGCUUAUCUGUGUAGCGAGGUGAGGGAAGCCAGUACCCUGAGAGAAGGGGGUGUAAAAUACUGGAUCCUUCUGGUGGCUUUUCCCCACCCCACUUGUCUGAGUGACCAAGGCUAAAUGGCUACACAGGGUUAUUUUACAAAGGGCUGUGAGAAAGUGGGGCUCAAAUUGAAUUCCUUAACUCGUUGCAUGGGGCCAGCAGGCAACAUAGUGGCUAAAGGCUUUGGACUGCCACACUGCUGAUGGUGGUUUGAGUCCCAGACCCUGUGGGUCUUGAAAAUCAUUCUAAGGGGAACA